AUGCUGGAUUCAGAUGACUGCACGUUAUCCCAGGACAAUCUUUUUUUUGAGAAACCUAUUGUCCAUAAAGUAAAGCCUUUACGCCAAGAGACGAGUCAAUGGCAGGUGGAGAUGCCUCCGUCUUUGUCUCAGAUCCCAGGUACUCAGGACAUGCAAGAAGAGGCUUUCUCUUUUUCACAUGGUCUUUCACAGGCACCUCAGCAAAAGAAAUUUGUACCUCCUUUUAAAAGGUCUUCUGACUUGAACAUCUUGCCAUCAAUCAGCAAACUUUCGUACAAUCUUAACAUUGAUGAGCAUGAGACUAAAGCUAGUGAGACUAGUGUCACCCAAGGCCAUAACUCACCUGCCAAUCUGUGGGGAAGUGAGGGCUUCAGGGAUUUUUUUGAAGCUGGCAGAACCAGAGCCGUAACCCCACAGGCCUCUUGUUGUAUCGCUGGUGAUCGGAAGAUUAUGUCCCUGGACUACAGUGAAAACCCUCCUCUACGAAAAAGGUCUCAGAAGCCUGGUGAUGGAGGUGACUUGUCAAACACCUGUAGCCACAGUGAGAUGGCAUUCCGACCUCAAACUUUUCCCAGUCAGGUUGCCAUGGCUACAGCUCCGCUCCAGCCACUACGAACGACAAUUAGUCAGGCGGUCCACCCAAUGUCCCCUACUGACUCGCCCUUCCAACCAGCAGCAGAGAUCGGGGACAAGAGAGUGCUAGUCCCGCCCAUGACACCUCAGCCACUUUGCAUACAAGGGUCAUCUGAAGUUUUGAGACCAGUAUCUGAAAUACCAUCCAAGUUCAGAUGUGUCUUUGAGUUCCCCUUCUUCAACUAUGUACAGUCCAAAGCUUUAGAUGAUGUUUUUUAUACUGGGAGGAACUUUGUGGCCUCUGCUCCGACUGGAUCUGGGAAAACUGUGUUGUUUGAGCUGGCCAUCAUUCGUCAGCUUAUGGAGACCUCAGAGCCAUGGGCCGACUUCAAGGCUGUAUACAUGGCACCUAUCAAGGCCCUGUGCAGCCAGUGCUUUGAGAACUGGAAAAGGAAAUUCGGCCCACUGGGACUGAAGUGCAAGGAGCUGACAGGCGACACAGAGAUCGACGACUUCUUCGAGAUUAAGGAUUCACACAUCAUCCUAACCACUCCUGAAAAGUGGGACAGCAUGACAAGGAAAUGGAAGGAUAACUGUCUGCUGGAGCUGGUCAGACUUUUCCUUAUUGAUGAGGUUCAUGUGGUGAAAGAUGCAACCCGCGGAGCCACUCUGGAGGUAGUGGUGAGUCGUAUGAAGACGGUGAAUGCCUACAGAAGCGCUCAGAACCCAGAGGGCGCUGUGUCCAUGAGAUUUGUAGCUGUGUCCGCCACAAUCCCAAACAUCACUGAUAUUGCUGACUGGUUGUGUGACAACAACGGCCCGGCCACUUACCUGAACAUGGAUGAGAGCCACCGCCCAGUGAAGCUGAGGAAGGUUGUGCUGGGUUUUCCCUGUAAUCCAAGCCAGACUGAGUUCAGGUUUGACCUGACUCUAAACUACAAGAUGGCCAACAUCAUCCAGACCUACUCGGACCAUAAGCCCACCUUAGUGUUUUGCUCGACUCGGAAAGGAGCCCAACAGGCAGCUGCAGUUCUGGCAAAGGAAGCGCGGUUUAUAAUGACCAUGGAGCACAAGCAGAGGCUGAUGAAGUAUGCCAACUCUAUUCUGGACUCCAAACUAAGAGACAUGAUGGUGCUUGGAGUGGGCUAUCAUCACGCCGGAGUAGAUUUGUCGGACAGGAAGUUGAUUGAAAUGGCCUUCAUUGAGGGAGAUCUUCCAGUACUUUUUACUACCAGGACUUUAGCAAUGGGGGUGAAUCUUCCCGCUCACUUGGUGGUGAUCAAGUCCACGACGCAGUAUGUGGCUGGAGCCUGUGAGGAGUACAGCGAGGCCGACCUGCUGCAAAUGAUUGGUCGAGCUGGACGUCCACAGUUUGACACUUCAGCGACUGCCGUGAUCAUGACCAAGAACCAAACCAAAGACAAGUAUAUGUCACUAAUGAAUGGGAUGGAGAUUAUCGAAAGCAGUUUACAUGGGAACUUGGUGGAGCACCUGAAUGCUGAAAUCGUCCUCCACACCAUAAGUGAUGUCAACAUGGCUUUAGACUGGAUCCGCUCUACAUUUCUCUACAUACGAGCUCUCAAGAACCCCAAACACUAUGGUUUCUCUGCUGACUUAGACAGACAAGGGAUUGAGUCCAAGUUACAAGAACUAUGCCUCAAAAACCUGAACGCUUUGUCAUCCAUCGAGCUGAUUCACAUGGAUGAAGAUAUCAACAUUAAGCCUACAGAGCCUGGCCGGCUGAUGGCUCGUUACUGCGUUGCCUUCAAGACAAUGAAACAGUUCAGCCAAAUUUCAGGCACAGAAAGCCUGUCUGACCUGACCGAGCUGGUGUCAAACAGCAAAGAGUUCAGUGACAUCCAGCUGCGGGUGAAUGAAAAGAGGUUGUUGAAUACUUUAAACAGGGACAAGAAUCGCACCACCAUUAGGUUCCCAAUGGAAGGAAAGAUCCGAACCAAUGACAUGAAAGUGAAUUGCUUGAUCCAGGCUCAGCUGGGCUCCAUCACCAUCCAGGAGUUUGGCCUGACCCAGGAUACAGCAAAGAUCUUCAGAAACGGACUACGCAUUGGGAGAUGUUUGUGUGAAUUUCUAAGCCUGAAGCUGAAGAGAGGUUUUACUGCUGUACUCGGAGCUCUCAUCCUGUCCAAGUGUUUCAAAGCCAAACUGUGGGAGACCUCGCCCUUUGUCUCCAAACAACUAGAGAAAAUAGGUCCAAGUUUGUCCCGCUGCUAUGGUAACGCUGGGCUCACCACUUUUAGUAAAAUAGAGGACACUAAUGCCAGAGAGAUAGAACUGGUGAAUCUUAAACCGACACCUCCUUUUGGAAACCAGAUAAAAGAAGCUGUCAUUCACCUUCCUAAAUACGAGCUUACCAUUGAACAAGCUCCCCGGUACAGCCCCACCACUGCUGAGAUAGUAGUAAAAGAACUUAAAAAUCUCUCCCAGUUGCAAACUAAAAGAACUGCCUCUGACCUACAUUACACAUCUAUCAUCAUCGGAGACGCAGACAACAAUGUGGUCUACCUACAGAAAGUCACGGAUUUGAUGCUGUUAAAGUGCGGAUUAUGGUCGAAGCGGGUUGAACUAAGCAGAGCCUCAAAAGGACAAGAGAUUAGUGUGCACCUCAUUAGCUCUGAUUAUGUGGGAUUGGACAUUCAGCACAAGUUCAGUGUGUUUUACUCAGGAGGAGCCAGCAGAAAUGUUUCUAAUCCGAGCGAUACACAAAAUACUCAAGUUAAAAAAGAGCCCAGAGAGCAGAGAGUAUAUGAUGUCGUUUCACAAGAUUUAGGCAUUAAGAGAGAGUGCAACCACCUUUGCAAGAACAAGGAGCUCUGUGCCCACGAAUGCUGUAAGUGAAGUUAGAUUAUGAUGUAUAAGACAAGUGCAAACCGGGAGUUUUCUUCAUAUUUGAAUGACCUAAAGACCAGAUAUGACACAAUAAUCCAAACUCCAGCCAAACGCCUCAAGAUGAAAAUGGAGAUCGAGGAGCCGCUCUCUAGAAUGCAGGAGUUUGCUUAUGAACCCAGAGACAAAAUGCAGAUUGUACCAAGAUAUCAAAGAAGUUACAAUGAGGUCCUACCAGGACCUUACAUUGAGACUGUAGAUUUGACACAGGCACAGGAUUCUUAUGACGAUCAUGAAGAAGUUGAAGCUUUGGACCCCAUUUAUGAAACUUACCACAAAGGAGUCACCAUGGGUCAGUCCUACAUUCCUACACCCAGUACCUCAAGAUGGCCGAAAACAGGUCCCAGCCAGGAGCCAUACUAUCAACAAAGUUCUCAAAUUCCAAAUAUUAACUUUGACCUUGGAAAUGAGUGGGAUGACUUUGAUGAAGAGAACUUAGUCAAUGCCAGCGAAACAUUAGGUUGUGCCCCAUCUGUACAGUACAACAAGACAGGUUUUGUUGCUCCGUCAGUGCCCUGUGUGUCAUCUUAUGGAACACCAAUGAGGUAA